AUGUCUCUAUUCGGCAAUACACAGACUGCUAGCCCCUUUGGCGCCGCUGCCAACAAGCCCAGCGCUUUCCCUGCUCUCGGCUCAAGCACAACCACUGGAACCAGUACAGGAGGAUUGUUCGGUGGUGCGCCUCAGAAUCAACAAGGCACGGCGGCACCCAGCUUGUUCGGCACCCCGGCGACAACCCAGACAAAUAGCUUGUUUUCGAGUACCGCGCAGAAACCGGCUACCUCUGCUUUCGGUUCAACCACCCAACAGCAACAGCCCAGCAUGUUUGGCUCGACUACCGCACAGAAGCCCGCCACGAGUAUGUUUGGUGCCACUGCGCCGCAGCAACAAACGCAACAGCCCGCAGCUGGGUCUGGACUUUUCGGGGGUGGAAGUGCCUUUGGUGCCUCUACCCUGCAGGCCCCUCAGCAACAGCAACAACAGCAGCAGCAGCAGCCGCAGCAGUCGCAGUUCGGACAAACGACUAUGGUCCAACCACAAGGUCAGCCACAAGAGCAAUCCCUGUCAUCGAGCCUGUGGUCUCCUGGCCGUGCGAUCACUGGAGUACACCGGACUGUCCCGAUGCAAAUUGCCAUCGUUAGGGACAAGUGGGACGCCCAAAUCCGAUCUUCGCCAUUCCGCGCCUAUCUCUACAACCAUGUCGGCGAUGACAAUGCCCCAUUCUUCCAGCCUGGCUUUGAAGACGACGAGACGAAAUGGGAGGAGGCUUUGCGGAAGCGCCCUGGGUCGGGAUACGUGCCCGUGCUGGUUAAGGGCUUCAUGGACCUCGGAAAGCGCGCCCAGCGACAGAAGGACUUCCUUGCCAUGUUGCAGACGCGCCUUCAUGAAAUUAACAAUUGCUUGACCGACCUGCUCUCGCGACAUGAUCUGAAAAUUUCGGUCAAGGUGGCAGAUGCCCGCCGAAAGCAUAUUGUGUUGAGCAAGCGAUGCCUAGCCCUGGCGGCUAAGACGCAAAUGCUGCGCAAUCGUGGUUACGCCAUGGAUGACGCCGAGGAGGAGCUUAAGAAAAAGCUGACCCAGCUAGAGCGUUCCGUCUUCGACCCGUCUCUAAAUGGUCGCGGCGAGGAAAUUUGGGCUCGCAUGCUAGCCAUUCACGAACACUCGAAGCGUCUUCAGGUUGAGAUGGACCGUGCCGGGGCAAACGUGACUACGAAUGGGGAGGAUGAGAUUGAUGAGCAGACCAUGAAGACAGCCAAGAAGAUUCUCGACGAUUACCAUGCUCAAAUCCAGCACUUGCAAAAGGAGAUGGAGGUAGUAAAGAAGGAUUUUGAAGAGGCGCAGAAGCUGGGUGGAAAGUAG